CCUAGACAAAAAGGAAAAUAUCCAGUAUCAACAGCAGCGUUAGAGCCGACAUGAAAAUAUCGAAUGUCAACAGCAGCGUCACAACCGACUUGAAAAUGUCUAGUAUCAACAGCAGCGUCACAACCGACUAGAAACUUGCUAGUAUUAACGGCAUCGUUACAGCCGACUAGAAAACAUCUAGUAUUAACGGCAUCGUUACAGCCGACUGGGAAGUGUCUAGUAUCAACGGCAGCGUCACAACCGACUGGAAAAUUUCUAGUAUCAACGGCAGUGUCACAACAGACGGGAAAAUUUCUAGUAUUAACGGCAUCGUUACAGCCGACUAGAAACUAUCUAGUAUUAACGGCAGCGUUACAGCCGACUAGAAACUAUCUCGUAUCAACGGCAUCGUUACAGCCGACUAGAAAACAUCUAGUAUUAACGGCAGCAGUCAUCGCCGACGUGAAAAGACUUCGUAUCAACAGCCACAAAACUUGUGAACAGUGCUGCAGACAUCAUGGCCAUAAAUAAUGACAUUAAAAAUACAGUGAUAAAGCUAGGAGAGAAGUUGAGAGAACUUGCUAGCUACAAAGUGGACUACAUUAGCAUAGCAAAAGACCUAGUCAACCAGACACGCAAUCUAGGCAACAAGUCAACAGAGUGGAGAACUAGGUCAAGGGCAGCUGAGCAGAAGGUAACUUUAAUCCAGUAUCAAGUUCAUAGUCUUUUUAAAGAUACUAAUGAGACUUUAAUUAUAGUUAAAGACUGUGAUGUCAAGAUAGCAGGAUCGAAACAAAAAUGUUUGGACUCCAGAGCCAGAGCUGAGCAGAAGAGCCAGAGCCAACAUCAGUGCCAGAGCCAGUGCCAGAGCCAGUGCCAGAGCCAGAGCCAGUUCCAGAGCCAAAAGAUAUAA